CCUGAGCGAGCCCGCGGCGGCCGUUCUUCCGGCGGAUUCCUGUGCGGCCCGGGGCCCCUUCACCAUGAAGGAAACGCCUCUGUCCAACUGCGAGCGCCGCUUCCUGCUUCGCGCCAUCGAGGAGAAGAAGAGGCUGGAUGGCAGACAAACGUAUGAUUAUAGGAGUAUCAAGAUCUCAUUUGGAACAGAUUAUGGAUGCUGCAUUGUGGAACUUGGGAAAACAAGAGUUCUUGGACAAGUCUCCUGUGAACUUGUUUCACCUAAACUCAAUAGGGCAACAGAAGGCAUUCUGUUUUUUAACCUAGAACUCUCUCAGAUGGCUGCUCCAGCUUUUGAACCGGGCAGGCAAUCAGAUCUCUUGGUGAAGUUAAAUAGACUCUUGGAAAGAUGCCUGAGAAAUUCAAAGUGUAUAGACACUGAAUCUCUCUGUGUUGUUGCUGGUGAAAAGGUUUGGCAAAUACGUGUAGAUUUACACUUACUAAAUCAUGAUGGCAACAUCAUUGAUGCCGCCAGCAUUGCUGCAGUUGUGGCCUUGUGUCACUUCCGAAGACCUGAUGUCUCUGUUCAAGGAGAUGAAGUAACACUGUACACACCUGAAGAACGAGAUCCUGUGCCAUUGAGCAUCCACCACAUGCCUAUCUGUGUCAGUUUUGCCUUUUUCCAGCAAGGAACAUACUUACUAGUGGAUCCCAAUGAACGAGAAGAACGUGUGAUGGAUGGCUUGCUGGUGAUUGCCAUGAAUAAGCAUCGAGAGAUUUGUACCAUUCAGUCCAGUGGUGGGAUAAUGUUGCUAAAAGACCAAGUUUUGAGAUGCAGCAAAAUAGCUGGCGUGAAAGUAGCCGAAAUCACAGAGUUAAUACAGAAAGCUUUGGACAAUGACCAGAAAGUUAGGAAAGAAGGUGGGAAAUUUGGUUUUGCAGAAUCUAUAGCAAAUCAGAGGAUUACAGCAUUUAAGAUGGAGAAGGCCUGUAUUGAUACCUCCGAUGUUGAGGAGAGAGCAGAGGAAAUCAUUGCUGAAGCUGACCCUCCUUCAGAAGUUGUUUCCAAACCUGUGCUGUGGACUCUUGGAACUGCCCAAAUUGGAGAGGGAAUAGAAAACUCUUGGGGAGACCUGGAGGAUUCUGAGAAGGAAGAUGAGAAUAACUAUGGCAAUAAUGAAGCUGUCAUUCUUGAUGAAACACAGGUGGAUAUGAGAGUAGAUACUUCUGAUACUGGAAGCCAAGGUGCCCCUAUAGUGCUCUCAGACAGUGAAGAAGAAGAAAUGAUCAUUUUGGAACCAGAUAAGAACCCAAAGAAAACAAGAACUCAGACUACCAAUGCAAAACCAGAAAAAGCACCAAGUAAAAGUCUAGUGAAAAAGAAGAAAAAGAAGAGGACUAUUAAUUAAGGCCAAAAGUUGUAUGUUCAUAUAUAACUAUUAAAGUAUAUUUAUUCAGUA